AUGAAUUUACUCUUCAUUUUUCUAUUUACUUUUUUCUCUCAUAUUCAUUUUUUAUUAACAAUUACACAUCAUUCUCAUCAUCGAAAUUAUCAUUUAUCUAUAAAUGAAAAUUCACCACCAAAAUUGUUACUUCAAUUACCAUUAUUAUCAUCCGAUUAUCAAUUAAUUGAUUCAAAUCGUUAUAUAAAUUAUUUUCAAAUUCAAAAUAAAAAUCAAUUACAUCUAAUAGAAACAAUUGAUCGAGAAUUAUUUUGUCGUAUAAAAAAAUUUUGUUCAUGUUAUAAACAAUGUGAUAUUCAAUUACGUUUACAUAAUCAAGCAUAUCGAUCAGAUAUUAUUUUAGUUAAUUUAACUAUUAUCGAUUUAAAUGAUAAUCCUCAUCGUUUUCCAAAAACUAUUCAUUCUAUUAAAAUUGCUGAAGAUAUAGCCAUUGGUCAUUGUUAUCGUUUACCAUCUGUAAUAGAUGAAGAUUUAGAUCAACAAUUUGAUUAUCAAUUACAAGGAAAUGGUUCAAAUCAAUUUUUAAUUGAACAAUUACAAUCAAAUGAAAUAUGUUUAAAAAUUCAAGAACAACUUGAUCAUGAACAAUGUAAUAAGUAUGAAUUAUUACUUAUUGCUCAAGAUCGUGAUCGACGACAUGCACAAGCUCAAAUGUUAAUUCAUAUUCAAAUAUUAGAUAUUAAUGAUAAUUCACCUCAAUUCAAAACAGAUUCAAUGACACUAAAUGUUAAUGAAACAUUUAUGGGUGAACUAACAUGUGUAAAUGCAUUUGAUCCAGAUGAGGGGAACAACGGCAAAGUGAUAUACAGUUUUGAACGUUUUGAUUCAUCUUCAAAAUUAUCCUCAUAUAUAGCCAUUCAUAAUCUUACCGGAUGUAUUCAAAUUUUACAACCUCUCUCUUUAACAUCAUCUGAUCUUAUAUCAUAUUUAAUCGAUGAUAAUCAACUGAAACUUUAUGUUAAAGCUCAAGAUUUAGGUUCACUUAUGAGUUCAACAAUUCCUGCUUAUCUAACAAUUCUGCUGACAAUUGAUGAUGUUAAUGAUCAUGUACCAACAAUUGAAUUUCGUCAAAAUAAUCGAAUGGGUACAGAACAAGGUAUAUUAGCUGAAAUUGUACAAAAUAAUUCACAAAUACAUUUAAUGGAAAAUAUGAAUGAUACAUUUGUAUUAGCAAUAGUAACAGUCGAUGAUAAAGAUAAGGGAAGAGGAGGUGAUAUACAAUUAAAUAUGGAAAUUUUGUCAACAUCUAGUAAACAUCGAAACGCAUUUAAACUUAAACAAGUUCGAACAAAUUAUUAUAAGAUAGAAAUUAUUGAUAUCUUAGAUCGUGAAAUAGAAUCAAGUUUUAUACUUCAAUUAGAUGCUCAUGAUUUAGCAUUACCUUAUCAUAGUACACGUUUUAUUAUAGCCAUUUUAGUUGACGAUGAUAAUGAUAGUCCUCCAAAAUUUCUUCAAGAAUUGUAUCAUUUUGUCACUAAUAUUAAAUCAAUACCUCAACAAACAAUUAUUGGUGAAGUACAUGCAAUAGACAAUGAUUUAGAGAAAAAUGCCUUAAUUUCUUAUCAUAUUGUUAAACAAAAAUAUUCAAAUUUAUUUCAAAUACAUUCUCAUAAUGGUCAAUUGUAUUUAAAUAAUCCAAUUCCCAUGACUCUUACUGAUAAAUCAACAGAAAUAAUUAUACGAGCAACAGAUAUUAAAUAUUCAACUGAAACACUAGUUCAAAUAUCAAUUGAAGGUGAAAAUACUCCACCACAUUUUAAACAAGAAAAUUACACAUUUGAAACUGAUGAAAAUAAACAAAUUCGAACGGUAGUGGGCAACGUUCAAGCAUAUGAUAAUGAUAAAGGUCGUCGUGGUGAAUAUACUUAUAGUUUACGUUCUUUAACAGCUUAUUCUGAAUUUUAUUUUCAUAUAUUGAGUAGUGGUGAUAUAUUAAUUACACGUGAUUUAGACUAUGAAAGUCAACGUCAACAUUUAUUUAUUGUUAUUGUCCGAGAUCAUGGUACACCAUCAUUAGAAAGUGAAACAUAUCUUCAAAUUAAUAUUCGAGAUGUUAAUGAAUAUUGUCCAAAAUUAUUAAAUUUAACUAAUGAUGAAUAUUUUUAUUUAAAUAAAAAUCGAUUAAAAAUAUUUCCAUUUAAAUUAUAUGCAUAUGAUGAAGAUGCAUCUGAUCAAUAUAAUAUUACAUUUACACAACUACAAUCGUCAUCUACCUAUUUUCAAUUAGAUUCAAAUGGAACUCUUUCUCUUUCAUCAUCGUCAAUCUCUCCUCCAAUUGGUGUCUAUGAAAUUCAUUACACUCUCACCGACACAUUUUCAAUACCGUGUAUAAAACAGGGUAUAAUUUUAUUAAUUAACGGUGAUAGUCAUAAUGAUCGUAAUUAUCUUCUAGACGAUUAUCGUUCGAAUCUAAAACUUCAUCAACAACAAAAUCAGUUGUUAUUAACAACUAAAAAACGUCAACAUGAUAUUAUGUUUAUUGUAAUUAUAUUUUGUAUUAGUUCGAUACUUUUGACAAUAUUUAUAUUUUUCGGUAUCGUAUGUUGUAAAAAAAGAACACAUCAUCGGACGACAGCAUUUUUAAAACCGUAUGCAAAUGGUUAUUGUAAUGGAAAUGGUCACACAAGUAAAUCUCUAAUAAUUAAAUGA